CCAGCGCGCGCAGGCGCAAUGCGCGAUUACGCUAUCCGGCGGGUCUUGUCGUCUCGCGAGAACUUGGCCUUCACGGGAUGAAGACUAUGUUUCGUAAAGAGCUGUUGGUUUAAGAGUAUUUAGAGAAAACGGUUCUAAGAAGGACAUAGAUUCUCCCGCCCGCCUCCGCUAAGCCAGGGCUUUUACCGGAUCGCUGUGGGGCCGGAUACCUCCUAGGCUUCCGGGUGAUUGCCGGAGAUAGGGCGUCCGUGCGGAAAUGGUGUUUGUUUCUGGAAACAUCUCGGCAUCUCCACAGGCUAUAUUCAAUCUGGAGCCGAUAAAAGAAUUCAUAACUAACCAUACCGUGGAUUUUAAAGUACCCAAGUCAGUGGAGUGAGGACAUGCAGCCCACUAUAAUUCUGUGUUUGUUGAUUAUGAAGAUGUCCGUAGGAGGCCCAUGACUCGGUCUGUUUCGGGUUUGAAGACCCCCUGAGGGAACAAGGCUUUACCCUCACCUCCUUGUAAAUUUCCAAAGUCUGUGGUCAUAAGAAACCUGCCAGCAGUAACUGGGGAACUUCCUUCCUUGUCCAUGCGCACCUUGGUAAUCCGAGGAGCCACUGUAGCGAAGUGCAUUCGGUCCUACGAAGCCGCAUCGUGAAGAGAGAGAAAUCUCCCCACAGGGAAGACGCGGGAGUGCAGGAAGCGCUGUUUCCUUUUCUGAUGUCUUUGUUCAGCCUAGUGAACUGCGCAGCAGUUAUGCUGAGAGAUUCCGGAAGAGACAGCCAAGGAUUUAAAAGUGGGGAAUCUCGCCAAAGAUCUACAUGUCGGUGACAAGAACCAUGGGUCUACUGUAUGGUCCAGGAGAUUGGGAACACUCACCCAGAGCCUCCAUUGCACACUUUAGUGCUUCCAACUGAAACUUGGUGCCCUAAGUGCCUCCUAUUUUUCCUGACCAGUGACCUGGGUGCUGUUGUCUGACGUGUCACUGAGUGCAGAGCACAGUGGUGUUCACUGCAGCCUACCUUUGAGCUGACUCUGUGGCCUGCAACCAGGGCUCUGUGUCAGCCUGAGCUUGCCUGUAAUGGUGUACUACCACUGCAAAAACUCACAGAAGACGUGCUACGCUGGGAGUUGCACCUGGAAGUCAUACGCCUCUUCAAUGGGGCAUCACACACUGCAGUUCGACUACCUGGUCGCCAAGGUGGACGCUGACUGGGGCGCAACACCUGACUGUCCUAUCAGGUGUCCUAAUCUGACUCUUCAACCUGAGGAUGCAUAAGAGCAAGAUGCCCACUGGGGCACUGCAGAUGACAGAGACACUGUUCUCUGGGGCUUGCUGGUCACCAGGCUCAAUGACAAUAUUCAUCAUGCUGCAGCUAGUCUUUGCAGGAGUUGUGGACGGACCUCAGUGACCACGCAGCACCUACUGCCAGAGCUACAGCUUUACCUGGUCAUGGUCUUUUCGCCUUGAUCUCCAUGUUCUUCUUCCUAGCAGUGACUCUGGCCAUAGCCUCGUGCCUGCAGUGCUCCUCCAGCCCUGCUUUCAGCCUGGUCCAAGCCUGGACUUGGAGUUGCUCCCACUUCAGCAAGAGAGAUUUGCCCUAUUCCUACAGUCAAUAUGUGACUUCAGAUAUUGCAAAGUCUUAAUUUCUUCAAGUUAACUCAGAAACGUCUUUCAACUAGAUAGUUUCUGUAGUACCAGCAGUGAAGCCUUAAAUAUUACAUUGGAUUCAAAUGUAUUCGUGUGAGUUUUAACACUUUUAUUUCAUAAAUAUCAUCCUACUGUAAGCAGUCCUGCUUAUUUUUUGUUGUCUUUAGGGGUGUGGGAGAGCUCUACAAGUUUACUUGCUAGUUUCUAUGUAUAUUUUGAUUUGUUUCAUUAGCCCAGAAAAUUCCUUUGGGCAAAACUUUGUGCCUAUUAAUGUAUGUUCUGAAAAAUUAUGUUUCUGGCUAAAGAGUUCUUUCCUCGAAAUAUUGAAGGAGGUUCACUGCAUCUUUAAGUUUCUGCUCUUGGGCUCCAUUAUAUUUGUCUUUGAGAAGCUGGGAAACUGUAGAUUUGGUUGUGUAAGAACAUAGAGUCUCUCUCCAAGAACUAUUCUGGCCUUUGAUUGUUUCCUUUCAUCAUUUUCCAGAGCCUUCUCAGUCAUGGUGUCCAUGGGUUGGCUGCCAAUAUUUGGCCCAAUUUGUUCCUAAAAAUGUCAGCGUCUGGAAUGCAGAGAUCAUUCUUCCCUAACUUCUGUGUAAGGAUAAAUAAAUCACACUAAGCCCAAGACACUUUAGUUAGUAACCUUUUACUAAUUUUGCAAUGAGUAAAACAAGGAAGGCAAUACAGUUUUAAAAUCUUGCUGUUUUAGAAAACCAACUUCUUUUGGAGAAAAUAUUAAGUGUGGAUGUAGGAGAAUACAUAUUAUCCUAAUAUAGACUAUCUAAAAAUAAAGAUGUGGCCUUUUUAUUUUCAAUUUUGAAAAAUAUCACUACCUCUUGUGUCUCUUAAAUUUAGUCUAAAUUAGAUACUCAUGUGACAUUUUUCCAAUGAAAUUCCAAGAGCCCAGUGGGUUUUUUGUUGUUUGUUUGUUUGUUUGUUUUGGCCAUGUGGCGUGGCACGUGGGAUCUUAGUUCCCUGACCAGGGAUCAAACUGCUGCCCCCUGCAGUGGGAGCAUGGAGUCUUAACCACUGGACGGCCAGGGAAGUCCAAGCCCAGUGUUAUUUUAUUCAAAAUAUAUUACUUGCAGCUGAGUUGAAGGUCUUUUAAAAGCCCAUAUUAAAGGUCUUUUUAAAUCCACAUAAUACCUAGAUGCUUCAGUAAAAGAGGAAAAAUAAGGAUGGAAUAAAAUAUGUCCUUCAAAAUUCCAAGGUUUCUGCUAAAUAUUCAGAGUGCAAUGGAUAGGAAAUGGGAUAGUCCAAUUUUUUAAAGUCUUGCUUACACUCUAAAAGUUUAGUUUUCCUUUCAGUUUUUUUCAUCCUCCAGUCAAAGGGCAGUUGCUCUUCUAUAUGGCCUGUGAAAUUAUCAAGUGGUCAAGAUGUACUACAGAAGAAGUGGAGGGAUGAUUUGUCCCCUUUGUGAUACUUCCUGACUAGCAAACGGAAAGCAGAUAGGUUGGGAAUACUACUGGAAUAUCCAGGAUAGCUUGGAUUCUACUGUAUGUUACAAUUAAGCAAUAUGUAGAUGUAAUUAAUUAAGUGAACAUAGCAAUUUCUCCUUUUCAUAGUUAUAAUGUAUAAUGCUUAACUAUUUCCUUGACAAUAAACUAAGACUUAAGGAAAGGUUGAUCAGGUUAAUGAGAAGAGAAAGUUCAAGUAUUAUCUAGGAGUGCAGUAACUCUUUAGGACUCUGGGUGCCGCUGUUCACCAGUCUGGGAGAUAAAGGCAGCGCACGCGCGCGCGCACACACAAACACACCGAGGGGGAAAAAAACUUCUUAGAACCUCCAUCACUGCCAGAUUGAAAACAGACUUCUGAGGCUGCCCAGAUCCUAACUUCAGGACCCCUUUCUGCUCUGAAUUCUCCUGAAAAUUCGGUUAAUUUAGACUCAGAAGAGCAGAGAAACAAUACUGUUGGUGCCAGACUGGGAGAAAACUACGAAGCAAGAGAGCAAUGACGAUUCGAGUGAAGGUGCUCGGCUGCCGCAGGCUGGUCUUGCUGUUCCUUUUUCUGGGGCUGUUGUUGGAAGCCCAGGCUGGGAAGAUCCGCUACUCGGUGCCAGAAGAGACAGACAAAGUUUUCUUUGUGGGCAACAUUGCCAAAGACCUGGGACUACAACCCCAGGAGCUGGCGGAGCGGGGAGUCCGCAUCGUUUCCAGAGGUAGGACUCAGCUUUUUGCUCUGAACCCGCGAAGCGGCAGCUUGGUCACCGCAGGCAGGAUAGAUCGGGAGGAGCUCUGCGCUCAGAGCCUGCAGUGUCUGGUGAGUUUUAAUGUCUUGGUAGAGGAUAAAAUGAAGCUUUUCCCUGUUGAAGUGGAAAUAAUUGAUAUUAAUGACAACACUCCCCAAUUCCAGUUAGAGGAAGUAGAAUUUAAAAUGAAUGAAAUAACCACUCCAGGUACCAGGAUCCCUCUACCUUCUGGGCAAGACCUUGAUGUGGGUGUGAAUUCGCUCCAGAUGUACCAGCUCAGCUCCAACCCUCAUUUCUCCCUGGAUGUGCAACAGGGAUCUGAUGGGUCCCAACAGCCAGAGAUGGUGCUGCAGAGUCCCCUAGAUAGGGAAGAAGACGCUGUCCACCGCCUCCUCCUCACCGCUUUUGAUGGGGGCAACCCAGUCCGUUCAGGAACCCUCCGAAUUCGAGUUCAGGUGGUGGAUGCAAAUGACAAUGCUCCAGCGUUUACUCAAGCACGGUACCACACGAGUGUCCCUGAGAACGUGCCGCUGGGCACUCGGCUGCUCACGGUAAGAGCCACGGACCCAGAUGAGGGAGCCAAUGGGGAAGUAACAUAUUCGUUUCAUAAUAUAGACCACAAAGUGGCACAAAUAUUUCACUUGGAUUCUUACACAGGAGAAAUAUCAAAUAAAGAACCUCUGGAUUUCGAAGAAUACACAAUUUAUCCAAUGGAAAUUCAAGCUCAGGAUGGUUCAAGCCUCAUGGCCAGAGCUAAGGUGCUGGUCAAAGUUCUGGACAUAAAUGAUAAUGCCCCAGAGGUGACCAUCACCUCUGUCACCACUGCAGUCCCAGAAAACUUUCCUCCUGGGGCCAUAAUUGCUCUUAUCAGUGUGUACGACCAGGACUCUGGAGACAAUGGUCACACUACGUGUUCCAUUUCUGGAAAUCUACCCUUUAAAUUAGAAAAGUUAGAUGAUAAUUAUUACCGUUUAGUGACAGAAAGAAGAAUGGACAGAGAACUUACCUCCCAGUACAACAUCACAGUAACAGCAGCAGAUCAGGGAACUCCGACUCUAUCUACCGAAACACACAUUUCACUGCAAGUGACAGAUAUCAAUGACAACUCCCCUGUCUUCCUGCAGGACUCCUACUCCACCUACAUUCCAGAAAACAACCCCAGAGGUGUCUCCAUUUUCUCUGUGACUGCCCACGAUGCUGACAGCAAUGAGAAUGCACGAGUCACUUAUUCCCUGGUGGAGGACACCAUCCAGGCGGUACCUCUAUCCUCCUUUGUCUCCAUCAACUCAGACACUGGAGUCCUGUAUGCGUUGCGAUCCUUCGACUAUGAGCAGUUCCGGGACCUGCGACUAAGAGUGAUGGCUCGUGACAGCGGGGACCCGCCGCUCAGCAGCAACGUGUCACUGGGCAUAUUCGUGCUGGACCAGAAUGACAACACACCUCAGAUUCUGUACCCCGCCCUCCCCACUGACGGUUCCAUCGGUGUGGAGCUGGCACCCCGCUCUGCAGAGCCCGGAUACCUGGUGACCAAGGUGGUGGCUGUGGACAGAGACUCGAGCCAGAACGCCUGGCUGGCCUACCGCCUGCUCAAGGCCAGCGAGCCAGCGCUUUUCUCGGUGGGGCUGCACACGGGCGAGGUGCGCACAGCGCGGGCUGUGAUGGAUAGAGACGCGCUCAAGCAGAGCCUGGUGGUGGCGGUCGAGGACCACGGCCAGCCCCCUCUCUCUGCCACAGUUACUCUCACAGUGGCGAUGGCUGACAGCAUCCCAGAUGUGCUGGCCGACUUGGGCAGCAUGGAACCCUCCACCAACCUGGACAACUCCAGCCUCACGCUGUACCUGGUGGUGGCGGUGGCCGCGGUCUCCUGCGUCUUCCUCGCCUUUGUCAUUGUGCUUCUGGCGCUCAGACUGUGGCGCUGGCAUAGGACGCGUGUGCUCCAGGCUUCAGGAGGAGGAUUAGCGGGCGUGCCCGUCUCUCACUUUGUGGGCGUGGACGGGGUGCGGGCUUUCCUGCAGACCUAUUCCCACGAGGUCUCGCUCACUGCGGACUCGCGGGGGAGUCACGUGAUCUUCCCGCAGCCCAACUACGCGGACACGCUCGUCAGCCAGGAGAGCCGUGAGAAAAAGGAUUUUCUAUCAGCACCCCAGUCUUUACUUGAAGAUAGAAAGCAAACAUUUUCUCAGGUAAACUUUGUGUAGUAAAUUUAUCUAGGUAAAAAUAAUUUCUGAGUUUACUUACUUGCUUUCGUUCUUUACUACUAACAGUUCUCUAUUUCCCAUAUAUCAUUGUAGCUUUCUAUUUACAAAUCCUGGGAAAUCAUUAAAUGUUUAUAUCCGAGUAUAUUUAUCAUUGUUUUUUCAUUGAAAAGGAGAUUGUAAUUAAUCAUAAUGUAGGUGGUUGGGAUAAAGAGUUGUGGAAAGAGCACUGCAUUAGAAACAAGGAGAUUUGGCUUCUAAAGUUUUCUUGCUUGCUUCUGGCCAAAUAAUUUUAUUUUUCUGGCUUUACCAUUCUCUUAUCUAGCAAGGAUUGGGUUUGACUAGAAAAGGUCCACCAAUAUUAAUGUGACUAAUACUGUUUUCAAAUAUCCUUAAGUUAUAAACAUCUCCUAAUUUAUCCUUAAAUUUAAUGUCGAUGUCAUCUGUCGGGGUGCUGUUUUAUUUGGGGACAUUUGAAAAGGUAAAGAUUGUCUAAAGUAGUAUUUUUAAGUUGUGUUAAUAUAAAAUUAUGGAAAUCUAGGUAAGCUGCAAAUUUAAACUCUCUUAGCCCUUUGUUUAGUCAUUUAUUUUGAUAUGUUUUAUGCAUGCUCAAGAAUACAUCAACUGUUUUAAGUAACUUAUGAAAUUAAGUAAUAAAAUGAAUGACAGAAAAUUUUCUGUGCAACUUGAGAAAUAGUUUGAAGCCUCCUGAUUUGUAUAUUAUGCCUGUAAUGUAAACAACUAACAAAAAUCAAGUAUAUAUUCCAUUUUAAUGUGUGUAAGCUCUUCACAAGAAAUGCAUCAUAGGGGAGUAAACCUAUGCUUU